AUGGGCUCAAAACGCAAAGCAGAGGCACUGUUCUCUUCGAGCAAGAGGCCCAAACAAGAUUCCGCGAGUCGCGACAAUGACGAUGUAAGCAAGAAUAGCUGAACAAGAUCUCCACGAGUACAAUUUUGACGUGAGGCAACGUAGGAACCCACGAACUUCUUUUCUCUCUCGGCGGAAUUGAGGAACUUCAUCUACGAACUCGUACACGUCGAGAAAGACAGCAUCGUCAUCACCUCCACCCUGAAAGAACCCGCGCUCCUCAGUGUGUGUCGUCAAAUCCGCUCGGAAGCCCGAAAGAUGUGGUAUCUCGAAAACCAAUUCGUCGCGGACGUGCGGGACUGCAAUGCCGACCUGGUGAAUGCGUUUGAGCGGUGGACGCGACGCUUCGAGUGGGAAGUCGAGGCGGAAUACUACGGCGCGAAAAAUUGGGGGGCGGGGAAAGUCUCGAUCGCCAUUGAAGCGGUCGACAGCAAGCCGGACUGGGCAGGGCUGAUGGAAUGGUGCGAGCGGAUUCAGCGGGACGAAGGCGUGCAGCCGAUCAACCCGGGACAGCCGCCGUCACAGUACUCUUCCAUCGUCGCGACCGCUCACGCCAUCGUCAAGGCGCAUCGGAAUGGCGAUUGGGAUGAUUGCUGGUGGCCGCUGGAAGAGCUGAGAGGGCUGGCGGGGCUGAUUGAUAGACGCUGGCUGGACUGA